AUGUCAGAAUCGGUUACAACCUUCAAUGGGACACGAUGUACCAAAGUCAGAAGAACUCAUCAUUCCAAUCUCAGCUCUCUACGCGUAACUAAAUCUUCAUUGCCUUCUCAAACCGCCUUCAAACAUCACGGUGCUUCCGCUGCGGCACCGUCAUUCCAUACCAGCUCUCCAGGAAAUCCGUUACCGAGUAUAUCAUUCUCUUCUAAUCAAGUGAAUUUGAGUUCCGCUUCCAUGUCUUCUUCACACUUUAAUUUCACCCGAAUCAGUAGUAGUUCGUCCCUCUCCAUGGAAGCCUCAACAUUGGCAUCGAGGACAUCGAUGGCGACAGGAGCAGAUAUGUCUGCUCAUAAUUAUCAAGAUCCAUCCAACGAUGAAAUCGUUCCUUUAAAACGAGGUGCGAUUAUUGGAGGAACUGUUGGUGUAGUCGUUAUUUUCUUGAUAGCCCUGGUGCCUUUUCACAUUCUUCGACGACGCAGACGGAGGCGACGUCAUAUGAAACUGCCUGUCCUACUGAACCUUGAAAAGAGAAGCCCACUUGAUGAACAUACCUACCGCUCCUCCCGCCAUCUUGAGCGAGAAUCGGGAUAUUCAACCAGAAGCAUGAGUGUCUACUCAGAAACCGGUGACUUAAAUCGCGGAGAACCGUUGUCACCCAAGUUGAGGAGGCCACAUACUCGUAGCUUAUCUAACUUUUUGGGACAUGAAAAUGAAUCAACUGAUCCGAUCCUCAUGCAGUUGGAAUGGAUGGCAAGCCAAGAUGUCAGGCGCAUGGGUGGGGAAGAUACUCGUGGACAUUCAAGGCAACCUCAGAAGAAUAAGAAGGAUAAAUGGAACCUUUUCCCUCCCUCAACAACCCGGGAGGUGGUAACUCGAAAUCCCUUCAACGGGAGGCCAAUGGAUGUUCCAAAUCCGUUUCUGGAUCCACCACCCGUUUGGGAACCUGGAAAUACGUUGCAACGUCCUGCAACUCCUCUCUACGGCUUUGCCCAAGAUUCAUCGAGAAACUCCAGAGGGUCCACGAGCUUUCCACCGAUGCCCGACGUGAACAGAAGAAUCGAAAACUCUAUACCGAAUCCAUCUAGAUUUGUGCCCUUAAAUUUCGAAUUUGGGAUGCAAGCAGCUCAGGGAGCCCACGGACUUGUUCCAUUGCCCUUGCGCUCUGUGGCUGAACCCGUCCCCAAUCCCUCUACCAUUCGACGAAACGACUCGAUGUCGUCUCAAGCACACACCAACUCUACCAGCAGCGGCAGUGUCAUCAUACUUCCUGGAAGAACCAGCACAUCGUUGUCUGCCGUUCUUGUGAUGACGGCAUCCGACAUUUCCUGGUGGCGAAGGAACCGUUCUGCCAAUGAACUUGGAUUUCCUAGUCGAAGGAGUUAUCUAUUUGACUUUGAAAGGCGUCAUUCCGGGCUUACAGAUGACAAUUCCACGUUUGGAGAUACGGAGACGUCGUCAUUCUCAGAAGGUGUUGCGGAAGCUGUUGCCAUUGCUCCCUCGCGUUCCUGA